GUAACGUCUCUGGGUACUAGCAGGUAAUGCUACCCUAAAUAACUUGAACUUCCACUGGCUGGCUUUUGUUCGUGACAAGCUAAUCGGUCCAGGUGCAGAACUAUAUAACACAUGAGGGACUUAAAGGACACACUGAAAUCUCAGUCUCUUCUGCUUCCUGAGGUGGAACCACUAACUUCUUGGAGCUGCAAGCGAGCUUUAGAGGAGGAAGAAGCUCCGGUUAUGGACGGGAGUGGGGGACAGACCACGAGCUCCAAGGACGACGGCUUAGAAGCCAAGGAGGUGGGCGCUUUCCAGGAAAGUGACUCUGGGGGACCCCCAGGAGAUGUUAACAGGGCGGAGCCCUCUCCGCAGAGCCUCCAGCAGUUCGUUCCCACCGACUACGCGAGCUACACGCAGGAGCACUACUGCUUUGCGGGGAGGCAGAUCGUCAUGCAAGAAUCCAUCGAGAGCUUCGGGGCGGUGGUGUGGCCUGCGGCUAUGGCUUUGUGCCAGUAUCUGGAGGAACACACAGAAGAACUGAAGCUCCGAGAUGCGAAAAUACUUGAAAUCGGCGCCGGGCCAGGCCUGGUUUCCAUCGUGGCCAGUAUUUUAGGCGCUCGGGUCACAGCGACGGACCUGCCCGACGUCCUGGGCAACCUGCAGUACAACCUGGCGAGGAACACGCGGGCCGGCGCGGCGCACGCGCCCGAGGUUCCGGCAGGUCUUCCACACCACCCUCCUGGCCGAGCACCCCGAGUCAACAGUCAAGCUUUUCAAGGGCGUGCGGAAGUGAGGCUCCAAGACCAGGUCCACGUGUCCCACCGCCAGCGGGCUCGGGGCUGGCGAUUCUGGGAAGGACCGCGUCUCACCGACCUCCCGGCCUGGGCUGACUUUGAACCGCCGUUCUCAGGUCUCACUCUCCUGGGUCGCUGAGCCACCUGCUGCGGCCAGCGUCGGCCGUGGGUGGUCGCAUCGGCUUUGACAGAGCUGUUGUCGCUUCAGAGGGACUUUCACUGAAGGGGGGGGGGGGGACGAGUCAGACAGACGCUUCCCACUGAGCAAAGGACCUGGAGGAAGCGCACGUUGACUGAGCUGCAAGUACCAAACGCUUCCCCUGUGUCAGUCCCCUGUGACGAUGCCAACUUGCUGAACGGUUCUUUGUCCCCAGCUGUUUUCCAAUUAAAAUCCCUCAAACACCA